AUGGCGUCCGCAACCCCCCAGCUCCUCCCAAUGGAAGAGGCAGACCUAGAGGAAGCCGUGCGAAUCGAGAUAUGGGGGAACCCGGAGGACGACAUGCAGAGAGUUCUCUUCGAGCGCGACCGCACUCCUCAGGCAGCCGCCAAACUGCUAGAACGGCGCCGAAGGACCUUUCUCCACGACAAGCACGCCACUUUCCUCAAAGUCGUCGACCCUGCCACCAAUGGCAUCAUGGCCUGGGCGACGUGGCACUUCUGCCCUGCCCUGAGCGAAGAGGAAGUGGCCAAGGGGCCUGUCUCCUUUGAGUGGCCUCUCCCGCAAUGGUACGAUUCUCUGCAUCAUUUCCGUUACGAGGUGAUGAAAGGCCGACCGCAUUACCUACUUGGCAUGAUCGUGACUUCGCCUGAUUAUCGACGCCGUGGAGCAGCUAGCUUGUUGAUGCAAUGGGGCAUCGAGAAGGCUGACGAACGUGGCGUCGAGAUAUAUCUCGAGUCUAGCUUAGCAGGGAGGCCGUUGUACGAGAAGUUCGGGCUGCGCACCCUCAAGGUCUUUGACUUUGACAUGGCCCAGCUGGGCCACGUGGGCAUAGAUACACAUACAUGCAUGCUGAGACCCAAAAGAGGACAGGGAAAAUAG